UCGAUCUGCUCUGGGAACAGUCAGCCAGCGGCCGCACCACGUGCUCUCCCGGACCGAGUCACGGUGGAAAGGGUUAAAGAUCAGCUCCGCGCGGAUCCUCAGCUCUCGUCGCUCCGCGGGCAGCGCUGCUGGCUCGCUGCGAUAUUUCGGUGGAUUCGCUGUGGAUUGUGGGAGUCGAGGACACUGCCCAGUUCCCGGACGAGCGGAGAGACAUUCACCGCUGAGCCCUGUUUCUAGUCUGACACUGGUCGCCGUCUCAGCAUCAUGUCCAGCCGAGGAGCAAAGAAGAAGUCGACCAAGACGUCGCGGUCCACUAAGGCAGGGGUCAUAUUCCCUGUGGGCCGCAUGCUGCGUUACAUAAAGAGGGGCCUGCCGAAAUAUCGCAUAGGGGUGGGAGCGCCAGUCUACCUGGCUGCUGUACUGGAGUAUCUUACUGCUGAGAUCCUGGAGUUGGCAGGAAAUGCAGCCAGAGACAACAAGAAGGGUCGCGUCACGCCACGCCACAUCCUGCUGGCCAUCGCCAAUGAUGAGGAGCUCAACCAGUUGCUGAAAGGUGUGACCAUUGCAGCAGGAGGAGUCCUGCCCAACAUUCAUCCAGAGCUGCUGGCCAAGAAGAGAGGAGCAAAGGGCAAACUUGAGACUCCUGUUUCACCCGCUCCUGAGAAGAAACCCAAGACUGUCAAGAAAUCAGCUGCUAAGAAACCAAGUGGGAAAAGGGGAGGAAGAAAAGCUAAGCCGGGCGAGGUGAGCAAGGCAGCAUCUGCAGACAGCACCACAGAGGGCUCUCCAGGCGACAGCUUCACCGUGCUCUCCACCAAGAGCCUCUUCCUGGGACAAAAGUUGCAAGUUGUCCAAGCCGACAUUUCCAUCGUGGAUAGCGACGCUGUCGUUCACCCGACCAACUCCUCCAUCUAUACAGGUGGUGAAGUAGGCUGUGCUCUGGAGAAGAAGGGAGGGAAGGAGUUCACUGAAGCUGUGCAGGAGCUGAAGAAGAAAAAUGGCAAUCUGGAGGUGGCUGGGGCUGUGAUGUCCGGCGGCUUCGGCCUUCCUGCAAAGUACGUCAUUCACUGCAACAGUCCAGGCUGGGGCUCCGACAAGUGUGAGGAGCUGCUGGACAAGACGGUGAAGAACUGCCUGGCUCUGGCCGACGAGAAGAAACUCAAGUCUGUGGCCUUCCCCUCCAUCGGUAGUGGAAGGAAUGGGUUCCCUAAGCAGACGGCAGCCCAGCUGAUCCUUAAGGCCAUAUCCAGCUACUUUGUGUCCACCAUGUCUUCCACCAUCAAGACCGUCUACUUUGUGCUGUUUGACAGCGAGAGCAUCGGGAUCUACGUGCAGGAAAUGGCCAAACUGGAGACGACCUAAAAGAAUCUGGAGCGUCCUCCUCCUCGACACCCCCCACCCCCCCACCCGUUUUUUUUCCUGUGAGGAAAUAUGAAGGUGUUUACCAGUAAUAUGUUUAAUAUGAAGAGAAGAAGAAAAAGAAUCUUUCUAAAGGCCGGGAACAUGAUUUUGCAUUAUGUGCGUAUUUUUCCUAUUUUGUUCUAAAUUUCUUAUUUACUUGUCACCCCUGGCAUUUAAAUGUAAAAGUGCACUGUUCAUUCUUCAGUCUUUUAUUAACAACAGUGGCACACGAAUCAGAUUCAACAAGUGAGAAAGCUCACUGUAAGAUUUCAUUUUUAUUAGAAAAAAAAAAAUGCUAUGAGGUAGCUACACCUCAAUUACACGGCUUCCAGAGAAGUCAGAUGAAUACGGGUUAAUGCAUGUGAUGGCAGUAAAGAUAAUAACGUCAGCUAUUCUCUUUCUCUCGAGUUGAAAAACACAAGACACUUAAUUACGUGUAUUUUCUGGUGUCAAAUCUGCGUUUUGGAACAUCUCUGUUAUUGGUACUGUAUACUGAAAAAGUUAAGCCUAAAGAAAAGUUGAGUUGGUUCUACUUUGGUCUUCAGGAGACUCGUAUAAACCGAAUUAUAGAAUGAGUUUUUGUUUUUGUGCUGUGUGUCACAUAUUCCUCUUUUUGCCUUUUUUCCAUGGGCAAAACAUGUUUUCUCAGUGUGCUGCAGAGACCUUGACUUUCCAAAAAAAUCAUAAUUGAAAUGAAAACAAAAUGUUCUAAUUGCAAUGUAAAUACCCCAUUAUAUUAUAUACUCCUGGUACCAGUGCAAUCAAUAUACUUUAAACUGAAAACUCAUUUGUUUUCAUUACAGUCAAAAUCUAUGAUAGAAAGUUAGAGAAUUUAGGUUUUUGCAGGGCAAUUGGUUUAUAUUGUGUGUUCUUAUCUGUGUUUAUAUAGAUGGAGUAUUUGUGAACUGUUAUGGCAAAUUAUUGGACUGUAACAUAGAUUUUUAUUUUCUAUUUUAAUUUGCACACAGAUUCUAAAAGGCACAGGUGAUUUGAAGAAAAAAAGUGUAAGAGAUUGUUUUUGUUGUGUGUUUUGUCUUUGUUAAGCCAUAAAACUAAUGUUCUCAUUUUAAUGCAAGUCCAGAGUUACGCUCCUAUGUUGGCUUCCGUUUCAUUCUCUUUAGCUCAACCCGCCACUAGGUGGCACCCUGUAAUCAAGAAUUGGAUUUUUUCUCCUCAGCCAUUUUCUGUGCAGCAGCAGGCCUCUUCACUCAGACUCUGGUCGAUUUGAGUUGGAUUUGAAUUGAGAAUGACGGGCGUGUACAAGGAAUCUGACUGAUCUGCUGCAUUUGGACUUUUCAAAGUUCUAACUUUCUUAUCAAAAAACAAAAUGUAAAAUGCUUUCUAAGGAAUUGAUUCUACAAAAGGUCUGUACACACUCCGCUAAUAAAAUAACUUUAAAAACA